UGUUCCUAUUCAAAACAAAAAAUAGACGCCAUGGAAGGUUUAUCGCUGCAGCAGUUGCUCGAUUUGCAGAACAUCCAAAAGGAGUUGAACAGCAACAAGGACGCAUACUUAAAGACCUACCGCCAAGUCUUGAAACAGAAAUUCAGAACGGAACUAAACAAUUUGGUUCGGGCCGAUUUCAACAUAGUAAAAUCCGAGUUGAAAGUUCCCCAACUACCGCCCCUUCCUAUCGAAGACGAGACAACGACAUCCACAACACAGAUUAGCGCCAUAGUGAAGGACUACGACUUCACCAGGGACUGUUUGUCCUUGCUGUAGGACUGCUCCGAUCGAUCCUUGGUGCUGUUCAGCCAAUAUCCAUGUAGCACGCGAUAUGUGUGCUGCAGACACUCAAACGAUGG